AUGCCUAUCGAGCCAGAUGUAGUGAUAUGGAGGUCUCUUCUUAGUUCCUCCAGAACUUACAAGAACCCUGAGCUAGGAGAAAUCGCGAUACAGAACCUUUCAAAGGCAAAGAGUGGAGACUAUGUGUUGCUUUCGAACAUCUAUAGCUCCACGAAGAAAUGGGAGAGCGCUCAAAAGGUCAGAGAGUUGAUGACUAAAGAAGGAAUCCGUAAAGCCAAAGGAAAGAGUUGGGUGGAAUUUGGAGGUGUGAUACAUCGGUUUAAAGCAGGAGAUACAUCUCAUAUAGAAACAAAGGCUAUAUACAAAGUAUUAGAAGGAUUGAUACAGAGAACUAAGUCUGAAGGGUUUGUGUCUGACACUGAUUUGGUGUUGAUGGAUGUCUCUGAAGAAGAGAAAGAAGAGAACUUGAAUUACCACAGUGAAAAGCUCGCGUUGGCGUAUGUGAUCUUGAAGAGUAGUCCAGGAUCAGAAAUUAGAAUCCAGAAGAAUAUACGGAUGUGCAGUGAUUGCCACAACUGGAUAAAACAAGUGUCGAAGUUGUUGAAUAGAGUGGUUAUAGUGCGGGAUCGGAUACGGUUUCAUAGGUUUGAAGAUGGGUUGUGUUCUUGCAGAGAUUAUUGGUAA